AUGCCCUCGGUGAUGGAGAAGCCGAGCGCGGGCUCCGGGAUCCUGUCCCGCAGCCGGGCCAAGACGGCGCCCAACGGCGGACAGCCGCACUCGGAGGAUGACAGCAGCGAGGAGGAGCACUCGCACGACAGCAUGAUCCGCGUUGGAACCAAUUACCAGGCCGUAAUUCCGGAGUGCAAGCCUGAGAGCCCCGCACGCUACAGUAACAAGGAGCUGAAGGGGAUGUUGGUGUGGUCCCCUAACCACUGUGUGUCAGAUGCCAAGCUUGACAAGUACAUUGCGAUGGCCAAGGAGAAGCACGGUUACAACAUCGAGCAGGCACUGGGCAUGCUCCUGUGGCAUAAACACGACGUAGAGAAGUCGCUGGCUGACCUGGCCAACUUCACCCCAUUCCCGGAUGAGUGGACGGUGGAGGACAAGGUGCUGUUUGAACAGGCCUUUGGCUUCCAUGGCAAGUGCUUCCAGCGGAUCCAGCAGAUGCUGCCUGACAAGCUGAUUCCUAGCCUGGUGAAGUAUUACUACUCUUGGAAGAAGACCCGCAGCCGGACCAGUGUGAUGGACAGACAGGCUCGGCGGCUUGGGGGCCGAAAGGACAAGGAAGACAGCGAUGAGCUUGAAGAGGGACGAGGAGCCGUGAGUGAGGGGGAGCCGGACGCUGGAGACCCCAAGAGAGAGCCUCUGCCCUCUCGGCCCCUGAAUGCCCGGCCGGGCCCAGGAAAGAAGGAGGCCCAGGGUUCCCAGUACCGCCACCAUCCGCUGAGAACUCGGAGGCGCCCGCCCAAAGGCAUGUACCUGAGCCCUGAGGGCCUCACCGCAGUGUCAGGGAGCCCGGACCUUGCCAACCUCACACUUCGAGGCCUUGACUCCCAGCUCAUCUCCCUCAAGCGCCAGGUGCAAAGCAUGAAGCAGACCAAUAGCAGCCUCCGCCAAGCCCUGGAGGGCGGUAUUGAUCCACUCCGCCCCCCUGAGGCCAAUACCAAGUUCAACUCCCGCUGGACCACGGAUGAGCAGCUCUUGGCCGUACAAGCCAUCCGUAGGUAUGGCAAAGACUUUGGGGCUAUUGCAGAGGUGAUUGGGAACAAGACUCUGACCCAGGUGAAGACCUUCUUUGUGAGCUACCGGCGCCGCUUCAAUCUGGAGGAGGUGCUGCAGGAGUGGGAGGCCGAGCAGGAUGGGGCCCCUGGAGCCCCGGUCCCCAUGGAGGAGGCUAGGAGAGGGGCUCCCUUGCCAGCCCCAGCCCUAGAGGAAGAUGAUGAGGUCCAGAUCACAUCCGUCUCCACGUCGGGACCCCGAUCGGGGCCCCCUGCACCGCCCCCUCCUCCACCUCCCACCUCGCUGUCCCAGCCACCCCCACUGCUGAGGCCACCCUUGCCCACAGCCCCCACCCUGCUACGCCAGCCACCCCCACUCCAGCAGGGCCGUUUCCUUCAGCCCCGGCUGGCCCCCAACCAGCCGCCACCACCUCUCAUCCGCCCUGCCCUGGCUGCCUCCCGCCACAGUGCCCGGCCUGGCCCUCAGCCCCCACCCACCCUGACUGGAGCCCCACUGGAGCCUCCGGCACCCUCGCUCUGA